CAUUAAAAGCCACUAAAAUAGACUUUAAUUGUACAUGAAUUUCAUUUAGUCCGUUUCAACUCGAAUUCUUAAAGUUCAAAUUGGCUAAAUCAGUGACAUCAGCGGUCCCGAACCGCUCCUCACACAGCGUCCACUCGGUCACUGUGAAAGCCUGACCUCUAGAGGUGACCGACUGGAAAGGACGAAUGAAUCUUUUGUUUUAGCCAAUUUUUUUCCUAUUCUGGAACUCUACUAGUUAGAACUAUGGAAAAAAAUCCAUUGUUAAAACUAAAAAAAUAAACAAUUCCACGAUGUUGAUGAUGAAUGAUCAAACAUUCAUAAAAUAUAUAAUCAAGGAAGUGGUAUUUAUCUCUGAGCAUCAUCAUAUUCCUUUCUGAAACAAACACUAAACAUUUACGACACACACACACACACACACACACACACACACACACACACACACACACACACACACACACCACUUUACAGUCUGAACGUCACCCCUUACUGCAAAUUUGAUUAUGAAAAUACAUUCAAACCAAGAUGGAAAUAGUAUCUUGGCUUGUUUAGUUCAAACAAACACAAAUGGUGAAAGAUAGGUGAAAAUUAUCCGAAGGAUUAGGUGCAGUCUACUGUUAAGCCUUCUGAAUUUUUUUUUUUUUUUUACAAUCAUUCUUUUAUUCUUUUUUUUUUUAUGUCAUCUCAUGCUUUGAUUGCCAUUCAGACCAAUAUGAAGAGGAAGGCAUAAGAGAUUAUGGAGACAUAUUCAAAGACGACUAAAUACUCUAAGAAGGAGAACUGCUAAACAAGGACUGCGAGAGGAAUAAUAAAAAAGGUUGAGUAACCUGAUCAUUCUCCCAAAUUCCUCAGUACUGUCAACAUUUCCAUUAUUGGAGCUGGACUGCGACUCACCGAACAAACAGCAUCCUAGUGCCUAGAGGGCAGCAGGACUAUGACAACAGUGCUGCCACAGGACUCUGAACAGGAUGAAGAUCCCACAAACCUGUGGAACAUCCACUUCAGACGACAACAGCUCCAGAACCGGCUUCAGUUUCUACAGGCGAUCCAAAAGAAGAACAACAAAAUAGAAGAAUACCUCGCAAAUGAAGAGGGCCCUUCAGAACUGGACAGAAUAGAAGAGGAGUUGAAGUUACUGGAGCAAAAAGAGAAUGAUCUUAUUAAGGAAAAAAGCCCGAGUUCGACAACACAGUCCAUGGACAAAGAUCCAAUCCAAGCUCCAAUCCAAGGACUCUACAUUCUCCCAGUGUCUUCUACAGAAACUAAUUAUCCUGUCUUUGCUCUGCAAGAGGAAAACACAGAAACGGUAUCCCCUACGAUUGCUCAGAAAGAAGAAAACAUAGAAACUGUAUCCCCUACCAUUGCUCAGAAAGAAGAAAACAUAGAAACUGUAUCUCCAACCAUUGCUCAGAAAGAGAAAAACACAGAGACUCUAGUAAGCCUGGACGAUGUCAGCAUGUCCCCUGCCAAAGUGAAGUGCCCUGCUUGCCUUAAGAUUGUCACCACUGAGAUCGACUAUAAACUGGGCAGCAAUGCCUUCGUCUUUUGUUGUCUCUUAUCUGUGGUAGGGUGUCUGGCUGGAUGUUGCCUGGUCCCCUUCUGUAUGAAUCGCUUCAAAGAUGUCGUCCACAGGUGUCCAUCCUGCCACAAAGAUAUCUGUUUGGUUAAUAGGAUUUGAAGCAAAAAGUAAUACGGUUAAUAAUCUGUAACAUCAUGACUGUGAAAACUUCCAGAAGACCUUGAAGCCGAGCACAGGACAUGGUCAAAAGGGAUUUGUAUCUCUUUGCUGGGGAAGUCAAUAUGUAGACUUUCAGAUGUGGCAAAACUAUAUGUACAAAUGAAUUCAACUAGCAAUUAAUAACGGUCUAAGGGGAUCUAAUGUGCUACACUAAUAUUGUGCUAGUGGCUAACAUUCAUUUGUAUGAACCACUUCCAAUAGGCUUUUAGGGUGAUAGAAUCAUAGUAAUGACUUGUAGUGGAAGAAGUACACAUCAUGUACUACUGGCUCAUUUUGAGUGUGACAUGACCAAAUCAUUGGUUUGGACUCACUCUGACCAGACUGAAUCAGAGUUGUUAACAUUUGGAUCAGUUUAAUUCACAAUUGACUCAUUCAGUGCGCACUGAAUUAAAUGGUUCACUGAAAAGAAUCAAUUCAUUCACCAAAUGACCAUCACUAUCACAUCUUGGAGUGGUUCACUAUUUUUUCAUUAUAAAAUAACAUGUUUAUCUAAAGUAUAGUGCAGUGCAUGUAAGAAAAUUGAGAAAUAGUACUUAUAGUAGGCUUACUAUGUCAUACAUAAAGAUACUCAUUUUCAUAUGAAGGUUUCUUGGUAAAUAAAAAAAAAAAAGUGUGGACAGUAACAUUGGUUUGAAUAACAAUCGGGUCCCUUGAAACAAAACUUGUUUAUCAUUGCAACAUCUACAGUAAAAUUAACUGAUAUCCAAAUUUCCAGGUUUGAGUGACAUUUGUGAUUCUAUGAAUGCAAUACUUCUUUGCAUUCAUGUAACAGUUAGAUAACCUGAAGAACUGUUAUAAGAGGAAUGCUGUAUCAAAUGUCACUAUGAAAACAAUGGAUUUAUUUUUGUACUUGAAACUUUAUCAUGGGAAACCCUAAGAUAACCCUAAAAUAUGUAUAAUAUUAGAUAUUCAGAAUAAAAAAAACAUGGUUCCAGUAACUCUUAUGACCGAAAUAAACAAAAGCAGACACAGUUUUGAAUGUCAUUCCUCUGGUAUAUUUAAGAGACUCUAAAACAUCCUCUACGACAGUAUUUUCACAAUACAUCGAUUUUCAUUGACACAUGAUGGCAUAUAUAUACUUUUAUCUUUAAAACUAUUCACAAAAUAGAGAUCAUGGAUGCGCCAAACAUGUAUAAAAAUAUGUAUUACAUCCAUUAAAAUAUAUACACAAUGUGCAAAACAUAUGGCAUACAAAUGAUUGAUCAACCGCUUUGGAGCACGUUGAAAGGCGGCAGUAAAUAUCGCCCAGUGUCGUCACCACUGAUACAUAAUAUACAUCAAUGUGUGGAAAAAAGCUAGAUGAGUCCAGCAGAUGUUGCUGAAAAUACGGAGCUAGGAUUCCUAAAUCUCUAAAUGAUGCUCAACACAAGCUGAACUUCGACAUCCUAAAUGGAAAAAAACGCAAGCCACGGGUUUCUAGAGCUCAGCCAGGACAGGUGUCCAUGCAAAUAGACGAUGUAAAACUAAAAUGAUGCUCUGAUAUCUAUCUUCUGCAUAUACUGUAUACAAUACAGCACUGUAUAUAAAACACAAGUUAUUGCUUUACUCACCAACUGCGCAAUGAAACAACAAACUUAUAUAGACUCUUUUCAUCUAGUCAUCUAAAUUCAAUGGAGAAUUCAAUGGUUGUCCAACAGAAAAAUCCUCAAUCAUCUACAAUACCGUUCAAAAAUUAAGGGUACGAUUUAUUUUAUUGUUUUUGAAAGUCUCUUAUUCUCACGAAAGCUGCAUUUGUUUAAGAAAAAAUACAGUACUAAAGCAACUGUAUGUAGUUUUGUGACUUUGUAGUGUUCUUUAGUACACGUGAAUUUGUUGCUGCCGCAAAGCAAUCUGCCCUUUUCAAAGCUUUUCGGACUGACUUACCGAACUUCCAAACUCCCAGAACGAACAUUCAGGGGGCAUGGGACUGAAGCCAUCGUCUUAUUAGAUAUCAUUAUACAAUUAAAAAAUAGUUUUCAAGACCUUACAUACAGCUGCUUUAAAAUAACUUGUUUCUAUUAAAUAAUACAGUUGAAAAUGAUUUAUUCCUGUGAAGAUUUUUUACUCCAUUACUCCAGUCAUCGUCAAAUUAUCCUUGAAAUAAUUCUAAUAUGCUGAUUUGGUGCCCAAGAAACAUUAUCAAUACUGAUAUCUUUGUGGAAGAAAUAUGAAAAGAACUUAAUUUAUUUGAAAUAUAAAUAUUUUGUAACAAAUGUAUUUACUAUUACUUUAAAUCAAGUUAAGGUGCCCUUGCUGUAUAAAAGUAUGAAUUUCUUAGGAGGAAAAACACCUACUGACCCCGAAUUUCUGAACAGUACUGUAUGUAUCUACAUGAAGCGGCAUAGUACAAUAUUUGGGCUCUUUGUUUAUAAGUUUUAAUGCCACAAAAGGCCUUAAUAACAUCACAUGACAGAAACCUAGCCACGUCAGUUUGUAUCAUAUUCUUUCUCCUCCACUUGCUUGUCAGAGUAAUAUUUUAUUAAAAUAUUGCACGAGCAAUGCCAAAAACUGCUCUGAACAGUCCGACACGUGCAUUAUUCCUUACUGGACUAAAUUUGCCCCCAAACUGAAAGAUUAUACUAGUUAGGACUAGUAUUUGGAAUUUUGUUCUUCCCUGGAGAGGCCAAAAUUUGUACAGUAUGCAGAGUGGACAUUACAAACAAAGCCUUAAAAACAGAGCCGAUGAGCAUUGUUAAUCGUUCGUUUAGUAAGCAGACGACACACGUAACACUGAAGCACAAAAAGCUGAUAAAAGUUCUCUUUUAUAAAAGCGCAUCUGUAAAGACGCUUUGACGUUGUGCGGUUUGAUCUAACGUUGAUGAGCAGUUCAUCACUGCAGCAGGAAAGUGCUGUACAUCUUGUACUUGUACAAAUAAUGUGUCCCUUCAGAACAAACUGAUAAUCUGAAAGAUGUUAGUUCAAAGCCAGUGGACGCGUAUUGCCUUGCUGAAUGGAAAGGUACAUAAACAAUCCAUUAAGUGGUUGACAACAUUAAAUCAUGAAAGAAAAGCACAGAUAAAAUCAGAAGAAAAAAACACCAAGAGGAUGUUUUUCUG